GCGUCAAAGCUGUACCAGCCAUCGUGUAUGAUGGAGUCGCGUAGGAGGAGCGCCAGUUACAGUUGUGGCGGCAGACGCGGGUUGUUGGGCGAGUUCGAGUACACCACGGCCCAGCAGCUCAAUAGCGAUGAGAGCUUCAAGGCCCGUUUCGGGGAGUUGUCGCGCGCCGGUAAUCAAACCGGUAUGGUCGCAGCGGUGCUGGACGCUCUCGAAGCGCAUCCCAAGGUGGGGGACUGCUUCAGGGGGAAGGACGAGAAAAAAACAGCGCAGCUGUUGCAGCAGGACCAGGCCCAAGAGGAGCCGGACCCGCAACUGCUCGCCAAAGCCCUGGGCAUUGCUCCGGCUGGUAGCCGGCUCUUCUACGACGUCCUCGCCGAGUGCGCUCGAGCCGCGUAUCUCGCCGGGGAUCCUCUCAGGUGCAUCAAGUACUGCCGGUUGUUCACCGAGUCGUUGGACCGGCAGGAGGACGGGCAGCCCGAAAGUCCCCCGGUUGCCGAGAAUGCGAGGAUCGACGUGCUCCUACUGCAGGCGGACUGCUGCAAGGCCUUCAGGGACGCCAUCGGGGCCAGGAGUCUGCUGAACGAGGCGAUGCGAAGGAUCGGGCUGAUGGCCAAGGGCAGGUGCAUCGGCGGGGACGACGAGUCCUACAAGUUGGAGAAGGCCGAGCUGCUUAACAAGUUCCUCCAGAGGAAGCCCAGGAAGACGCCCAUGCCGGACGAUGCCGCUUGGGAUCUGCUCCGACAGGAAAAGAUUGUAACACCAACGGUGGAUGGAAAACCUAACGAGUAUCUGCGUAGCUGUUCCGACGCGGUGGCUCUCGGCAACGAUAAGAUCAAAGGUCGGAAGCUGUAUGCAACAAGAAAAAUCAAAGCCGGAAGCGUCCUCAUAGUCGAUCGUCCUUAUUCUUAUUGCACUGACCUAGCUGCGAUUCAGACGAAUUGCCUCUACUGCCAUGCGUCUUUAAGAUUAGACAGCAACAUCAGAGUACCUUGCGAAAGCUGCCAGACGGUGCAAUUCUGCUCCAAAGAUUGCCAACAACUGGCGUGGAGUAAGUUUCAUAAGUAUGAGUGCCGAAUCUUUGACUACUUUUUUGACAGCAAAAUCCAAAGGAUUAAUGCGCUUCUGGCGUACAGAACUGUGGUUACAGCUGCCAAUUUUGAUUUUCAAGAUAACGUUCUGAGAAUCAAUCGAGACUUUUUGCAGCUUCACAACAGUCAUGAUAAGAAUACUUUCGACUUUAAUGCUCUUAAAAAAUAUGAUUCGCAAGAUUAUAAAACUGUGUUUAGCUUGGAAACUCACUGCUCUGAUGCUGACCCGAGUGAAAACUUGGAACGAGUAGUUUAUGCAAUAUUUUUUGCAAAAUGUCUGAUUUAUUCGUUAAAUUACUUUUAUCCCGAAGCAGACGAUUACAAAGGCCAUUUACAUGUUUUGGCAGUAGCUUUAUUACACAGCAUGCAAGCCGUUAAUUGCAAUGCUUAUGAAAUCGUCGAGAACGUCCGAGAUGACGAGACAAAAGUCUUACAGCCACGGAACGUCGGAGGUGCCAUUUACACGUCGGUUAGCUUGACUAAUCACAGCUGUUACCCUAACGUCGUCAGGCACUCUUAUUCUUGUGGUACGGUCGUCGUACGAUCACUGCGGUUCAUAGCUCAAGGUGAAGAGAUUCUCGACUGCUACGGACAACAUUUUCUUGAAAAUGAAAGAGAUACCAGACGCAAGUUGUUGGAAAAAAAGUAUUAUUUCAAGUGCCAGUGCAUGGCUUGUACAUUUGAUUGGCCAGUUACAUUACCAAAUGAUCAAUUUGAUUUCAAAUGCAAAAAAUGCUCGCAGGCAUGCCGCAAAAAUCACGUUUUAGCCGAGUGCGCAAAUUGCGGCCGAAAAACUGAAAUCAGCAAACUAUACGGCUUGCUACAAUCUUCAAUAAAAAAACGACUAACAGCUCUGACAAGGAUGUAUGACGGCAAUUACAAGGAUGCAUUACCAUUGCUUCUAGAGCACGCGCAUUGCAUUGACAAGAUAUUGUCAGAACCGAGUCUCGAAAUAAUAAAGACGCAACAAUCGAUCAUCCAAUGUUUGAAUGCGAUGUCGUCUACAUCCAUUUGAACAUGCUAUACGUGAUGCGUA